UUCUGACCACAUAUACAUGUACAUGACGUGCAAACAACAUAUAACAUAACAAUUGGAACUGACAGUUCGUGUUGUAAUAAGGGCAUAUAAACCUGCAGAAGAAUUUAAUUUAUGCCAGUCGAAAUAAUGCCGGUCCCUGUCAUGUUUUAGUUGUAUUUAUUUGCGUUCAUGUACAACGUUGUUGAGGUGUAACUAGAAUAUGAUCGUAAUUGCUAAUCAGCCGCCAGUAAAACCACUCGAAACUGAAGAUCUAAAACAUCUCUUGGCCAAAAAUUUUAACAACUUCCUCUUAUCUUUUUUUUUCCCUUUACACAACAAUUUUAUAGUAUCUCGCAUUUUAAUUAAGUUCGAAUUGCCAAUGCUGGUUGGAGGACCCGCUUAAUGAAACUUCUCAGGGUUUUAGGGUUUGUUUUGUUUUAUUUCAAGAAAAUACCAUGUAACUUAACCUAGUGAACGUACAACGUGCCAGGACAUAUUAUAAAAUCAAACGACUGAGUCCAAUAUUGUCCAAGGUGACAAGCUACAUUCUCCGGGCCGGGGAAUACGGGAAAUUACGUUUGUAUAUGACGAGGUCUUUUUCGAAACGGUGGUCUAGUAAAACUACUGAGUCUGUAGUGUUACUAGGUACAGGUAAUUAGGAUUUUUAAUUAUAAAAACGACGUCAUUAUAUCUAUGGGAAUAUAUUGUUUCAAUCAGUUCGAAUUUAGACUUGAACUGAGCGCUGGGACUCAUUUUAAGAAUGGAUAACUUAACAUGCAAUAUUCAAUCCGAUUCAACCCGUGAGAGAACCUAGUACAGUAGGGACAGCAGAGCAGUUUUAAUCAGAGAAUGUUAUCUUACUCUCAGAAAGUGUCUUUAGGGCUCCAGAUGACGGUCAUAUGACGUUGGUUCUAAAGAAAAAACGAAACAAAACCCGCUGUACAACAUGUCAGCAGGCAUUAUUAUGGACUUCGAUCGAAACUCAGUCGAUUAUCGCGAAAGUUUAUUUCCUGUAGAAAUCAGAAAUAAUUACGUUAGUUUUAGAUGAAAUCUUGAAUGAGAAUUUAAUUAUGAGUAUUUAUAGAGUUGCUUUAGCGAAAGGACACGUAGCUAAAACUGGCGUGAAGGGUUCUGUUCGUGUUCUUUCUCCGAUUGGAGUGACUGCAAACUUCUAUCAGAGCAGAUCUUGCAGCAGUUCAAGCUCGCAAGAUCUUAGGUACAUUGAGCCCAAGACCACUGUUCCCACUUUUCAUUUUCAAGACAGUCUUCCACGACUGCCAAUUCCAAAACUGGAGGACACAUGUCGCAGAUAUCUUGAUGCACAGAAACCACUAUUAACUCCUGAAGAGUAUGAAGACACCAAACAACUAGUUGAAAAGUUUCAAAAGCGUGAGGGCCCAGGUCUUAAUGCCGAGCUUUUACAGAAAAACAAGAAUAACAAGCACACUAGUUACAUAGCAGAUCCAUGGUAUGACAUGUAUUUGUCAGCAAGGGAUCCAAUAGUUCUGAACUACAAUCCAUUUUUGAUGUUUAACGAUGAUCCAGCUACAGAAAAUAAUGAUCAGCUGGUCAGAGCCACCAACAUGAUAAAUUCAGCCAUGAGAUUUAAGUUAUCAUUAGAUGAAACAUUUCUUGAACCAGAUAUUUAUCACUUGAAGCCACAAUUGAGUGAUACACAGUGGUUUAGGAAUGUUAUAAGAUUUGUUCCCAGGCAGUUAUCAUGGUAUGGUGCAUUUCUAGUGAAAGCAUUCCCUCUAGAUAUGAGUCAAUAUUCCAGGCUGUUUAAUUCAACAAGGAUACCAGAGCUGAAGAAAGACCGGCUUGCUACCUUUGAGAGUGGACGACAUAUAGUCGUGAUGAGGAAAGGCAACUUUUACGUGUUUGAUACAAUAACAACAGAUGGUUAUAUUGUCCCAACAGCUACUAUUUAUCAAAAUCUGAAGUAUAUUGUCAACGACCCUGCCCCUCCCCCCAACUUUCCGAUCGCCGCUCUCACAUCAGAAAACCGUGACACUUGGGCGAACAUGCGCCAUGCGCUGGAAGCCAUUCCAGGUAACGAGGAGGUACUCAAGUUGAUUGACAGCGCUAUUUUUGUUCUGUGCCUGGAUGAUCACGAGGUUAACAGCGUGGCAGAUGUGACAAGAACGUUUUUACAUGGUGAUGGAAAAAAUAGAUGGUUCGACAAGUCACUCCAGCUGAUUAUUUGCAAGGAUGGGAAAGCCGCGGUACAUUUUGAACAUGCCUGGGGCGAUGGAGUUGCUGUGUUGCGUUUCUUCAAUGAGGUAAUGAAUAAAUUGCGCAGCGUGCAGUCAAUGCAAAGACCUGUGCUUUCAACCAAUCAGAGUUGAAAACAAAUCGCGACCGUCAGGAAACUUGAUUUACAGUUGAACUCAGAAAUAGAGAGAGGGAUCUACGCCGCUAAGGAAAAGUUUGACAAUACGGUGAAGGGAUUAGACAUCGCCGAACUUCAAGUUGACACGUAUGGCAAAGACUACAUCAAAAGCAAGAAUUUAAGUCCAGAUGCAGUUAUGCAGCUGGCGUUUCAGAUGGCUUACUUCCGUCAAAACGGCAAGUUUGUCCCAACGUACGAGUCUUGCAGCACAUCGGCUUUUAAACACGGGCGAACAGAGACGAUCAGACCAGCGUCCAACGCCACUGUAGCAUGCGCAGAAGCUUUUCAAAAGUCGCACCGCGCGGGAGUGGAGGAGAUGGCGGACAGAAUACGAAGAGCAGCUGAAUGGCAUUCAAAACUCACCAAAGAGGCCGCCAUGGGUCAAGGUUUCGAUCGUCAUCUCUUCGCACUGCGUCUUAUGGCGGAGUCCAUUGGUAAAGUCCCGGAUAUCUUUCAAGAUCCAGCUUAUAAACAAAUCAAUCACAUCAUUCUGUCGACCAGCACACUGUCAAGUCCCGCACUGAUGCUUGGGGGAUUUGGUCCCGUGGUGCGGGACGGGUUUGGAGUGGGAUACGGGAUCCAAGAUGAUUGGCUUGGAUGUAACGUGACAAGCUACCCGCCCGAUACAGAUGUACGAGGCUUUUUAGAAUGUGUUCGACUCAGUUUAGAAGAUAUUUAUUCCGUUUUAGAAGGAAAAAAUUUCAAGCAGUGAACUGCAGGGUGUCAAAGCAACAGACUGUUAAAACCCUUCUUCCUGCCUUUGGAUAUCUUGCGGUGGAUCCUGCUUAUAAAGUGCAUGCAAAGUGACGGAUAACUGUUCUGCGCUGGCUAAUUGCUAAUUGUAUGAGGGAAGAAACUUCUUUACCGUAUUUGUUCCCGCUACGCGCGUUUUCACUUUCUUUCAAAAUGUUAACAUUGAACAGAAAGAGUAUGUUUAGUACACCUGUCAACAGCGUUUACUUUGUAAAUCUUUGACUGUUAGAAUUUUAAAGCUGGAAUACAUCCGGAAAUGUUUCCUUUCAAGUCCAUAACAUGAAAUGAUGACGUCAUGUUACGUGGAAUUGGGAAAUGAGGUCAUUAUUUCCGAAGAGCCCUCAAUUUGGAUCUGCCAUCAGGGGUUUCACUUUUUUGUUUGUUUGUUGCUGCUGUUGUUUUUUUUUGCAAAACGUCAGCCACCAAAACUGGCUCAGAAAUUGUCAGUAAAAAACGUUUUCAUCCAAAACAGAGGAGAACAUUCCUGUCAAAAUGCGGCUGCCAUGGAAACAUUGCGUUCCUUGAACAAUGAUGUGUCCUACCAAGUUAGUUCCACAGGUCAAAUUUGGGGGAAGUCACCACAUUCAAGGCUCAUUGCCUCAACGUUCUCAAAGCUGCAAGCGUUCAAAGUUGUGGAUGAUCUCAAAAGUUCCCCUGCCCGGUUUGAACCCCUUCCCAUCUCUCCAGUGUACAGCGUUUUUGUACCGAGUGUAAAGUUCUAUACGUUGAACUGGGAAGCUUGGCCCCCACGAGAUCAAUAAGCACUUCUUGUUCAAUUGAUUGACUUAUUCAUACAUUCCCCAUUACUUUGCCCGCGCAAAAUCGCGAUAAUCAUGUGAUUUCCCCGGCCGAAUUUUCCUCGAACACAAAUCCAAAAUGACUGGUGAUUGUUGCGUUCUCAAAUUUCGCCGGCGUUGUCCGUGUGGACGCGGCCUUACACGAGUUCCACCCAUCACUCUACUCGAGGCAGCGAAAGCGUAGAGGUUUGCGACACACUCUCCCAACCAACGUGUAAGGCGGACUCUAUCCUGUCCGUUUCUAUUUUCGCCUGGUCUUAGGCUUUCCCUUCCCCAUAACAAGAGAUUAUCAAGAUAAUUUCUUGCUUAUUACCAUGUCAUGAACAACGACACUCGGGGUAGAAAUUUAUUCCAUGCAAGACAUACAACCUACGUCACAAUCCUCCAUCUUGUGCCAUGGAAGGCCUUAUACUUGAAACGUCACCAUUUCCAAAUUCACCAAGGCAGUUAAAUUUUCUUCAUCGAUUGUACAAGAUUGGUUGUUUUCGGCCUAUAAACAAUCGGCAACACACCGGCGAAAUUCAUGUUCUGGUGCAAUUUUCAAGAAAAUUUAAUUCGACGCGACCAAAUCAGUGAAAAGAUUAGUCACCGGCGAUUGCUGUUAGAUCAAGCUUUCUCCUUCCCUAAUCACAGAGUUCGGGGUACGGAAAGUGGCCUUUCUGAGUUGUAGAGUCCAUCGCCAUGACAACACGGAGAGAUCGGCAAACAGAAGGCUUAAGGAUCUCCUUCAAGUUAGUUACUUACAGCUAGUGGUAGUUAAGCGCAUCAACCACUAUAAACAUUCAACAAUUUCAACUUUUUUUAUUUUUUAUUUUUAUUUUAACUUUAAUAUCUACUCGGAGCAUUACUAACAGCAAGCAACAGUACCCUGCGUAACCUUUUGUUGAAACACACGGCUUAUCCUAACAACUAUUACAAAUAGCAAUUUGGACUGUCAGACUACUAUUUCCAACUUCUAGCGACGAGGUUACAUACGCAUUAAUUUUAGAGACAUGUUUGGAUUUCAUAAAGCUGGUCCAACCCGCCCCCUACCUUUUUUUAAUUCUUUUUGUGCUCUGUCCGAUCGAUUUGCCUGAAAACUUAUACAACAAAUAAACGUUUCUCGGCGUUUUGAAGUUGUUGUUGCUUUUUGUUAUUUUUCUUUCUUUCUUUAAGGACGCCCUAAUCUUUAUACGGUACAAUUGACCUUACCAGGUGGUCGCCGUGCAUCUCCAUUACAGUACAAGCACCAAAUUGAAAGGCGGUUACACAAUCACCAUUCUAACAAAAAUACGAUUUCCUUAGCUAAACGUCGGGUUAAAGACAGCAACAGCUGCAAACAGUUACAAUUCUAGGGAAAGUGAUAACUUUUGACCCACGGAGCAAAGGCGAGGGUUAUGUUCGUGUUUCGCAACUUCCACUACUCUACAUGCCUAUUCCUAUUCACCGCGAAUUUUAUCUUACAAGAGAAUGACUUGGUGCGCUCCAGAGGGCCUUAGUUUACAGGAAUAUAUAGAAAAAGAGAGAGUAAAAAUAUGUAAAAAAUCCAGCGUCAAGCCACUGAAACGGUGAAAAAUAAAUUCCAAUAUAUGCCUUGUUCCCGGAUCCAUUAAUAUAUAAAUUAAAGUUUAAAAGAAAACUUGACUUGACUAUUCUUAUCUACAGUGGAACCCCGUUGAUGCGGUCCCCAACAGGCUAAGAAAAUUUGGCCUUAGUAACGGGGUAGGGAGAAGCCUCACGACUGAUAUAACUUGAGUGACGUCGUAACAGAUAUAUCGAAAUUGCACUUCUAAACAACUGAUCUUCAGUAAACAUCCGGAAUGCAGAUAUCAUUUUAAACAGAUUGAGACUUGAAUCAAUGUAUGAAAUAUUAACGAAGGAAAGAUGAACAAACUAGUUUGAGUGGUCGUAUAAACGGGGUAAAAUUAAAAAGGACUUUUCAGAAUGUGGUCGUUGGCCGUAUUAACGGGGUGGCUGCAUUAACGGGCUUUUCUUAUAACUACUGAGAAAAUCCAUGGGCGUUUCGCCGAGACAAAAAAAGUGUCCGUAAUAACGAGCUGACAGUAAGGCGAGGUUCAUCUGUACUUUCAACUCUGUACUACGUUGCUUUUAUUGUUUUACCAAGCAAGAUCAAUGAUAGCCUGGUAUUUAAAAAAAACUCGGCUAUUAUUAUGCAUAGCAUUUCUAUUUUGCCUAGGGAAACGGACUAGUUGGCCAGCAAUGUAUGUUAAUACAACAGUUAUUAUCUGUUCGGAAUCUGUUACCUAAUCGUAAUCCAUCGAAAGAAUGGUAUUCAUUUGUCGGAUUGAAGAACCCGGUUACAAUAAUUCAACACCUUUAAUA